AUGACUCUCGAGCACGGCCACGAACAUGGCCAUCAUGGUCAGAAUUGUAUAUUUACGUGGAUAUCCUUUGUGCUGGCCGUCGUUUCCACGCCGGUGCUGUGCAUGUGUUACUUAACUACAUCCAUCGGCAGAUUUGUACUGUUACGAUUUCUAAAAAAGAAGUAUCCAGACUUGGAAUUCAUAAAGUCAGUGUCGAUUCGGUCUGCAAUGGAUACACCUGACAAUACAGGAUACGUUGUGGUAUUGCUUAAAGUUAUCGGAGAUUUUGACAUUAAUCUGAUGAAACACACGAUUCAGACAGAUAUAGUGGAAAAAUACGAUCGGGUAAGCGGCCGUCUAUGUUAUCCACAUCUCCGGUGUUCGUUAACGAAGAAAUGGAUGCGGUACGCGUGGAUCAAGACAUCCAAGUUUUCCAUCGACAACCACGUGAUCGGAUUGCCGGAGACCAAAUCGGUGCCCGAUGAGGACCACAUCAUGCAACACGUGAACGACAUAAUUGCGUCACACAUACCGCCUGAACUGCCGCAGUGGCAGAUCACCAUGAUCCCGGUGGGCGAGGACUCGUUCUAUCUGCUGGUCCGGAUACACCACCUGUAUUCGUCUGAGGACGGCAUCGGGCUGAGCGACCUGUUGCUACUGAAACCGGACGACGGUGGUCUGAAACACAGUGAAACUGCGUCGGCGUCGGUGUCGUCAUCGUCAGGCCAGCACGCGGACGCCGACAGCAUCCAGAACAUCUUGUCGACCGUGUACCAGGCACCGACCGCAUUGCCUAGACUCAGUGAACACCUUUCGGAGAUCUGUGCCAACACGUGGAACGAACUGGUGUCCACGUACGAUCCGCUGGAAAACCCGAAGGUGUUCAGGCGCCGGCCGAAUGUCUUUAUUUUUGGCACCAUGCUGGUGAUCGUGACCGCGUCCGCGGCCCGGGACAAAACUACCAAGCGGAACUUUGCCCACAAGUUGAAACGGGAGAUGACCCGCCGAGACAUCCGGUUCCGGUACAUGUGCGAGAGUCUGGUCAACACGUUCCACCCUGCUCUGUGGGUGUCAUUCGCCUGGUGGCUGCUCGUAAAGUGUAUACUCAGGUUGCCAAUCACCAUGCUGCUGAUGGUCAAGAACACGUCCACGUACGUGUACUGGACUUACGUACUGCUGUACUCAGUGUCCGAGCUGAUAUAUCUGGCCCGGCUCAUGUACUACGCGCCAAGCACCGUCAUUCGGGAACUGGUGUUGCCAUUCUUCGGCGGCCCGGACCGCGGGACCAUGCGUGAGCCGGAGGGUAGCAAGUGCGUGUGCUGGUCGCGGCCCAUCGACCUGGACCUGGUCAACACUAUACACGACAACACGGGCGCGGCCACCUGCGAGAUCCAACUGUCCAUGCUGGCCGCCGCCCUGCAGGAGUACUUCGCCUUGGCCGGCCUUCGGUGCCCCAAAAACGUGAUGACCACCACGCGGUUCGUGUCCAAGGCCAACCUGUUCCAGCUCAACAACCGGCACGUGGUCACCAACGGGCUAUUGGCCCUUCCACUACCCAUGGAUACCGACCGUGACCCCAUGUACAGCCUGCACCAGAUGCAAGAAUGCCUGCAGGAGGCCAUCGGCAACCAGACUGCCUUGUACAUAGCGUCGAUGUGGCAGAUCGACCACAGCCUGGCCACGUCGUUCUUGCCAUCGCCGAUGGUCAGCUAUGGGCUACACUUCCUGUCCAAGAAGUUCCCGCUGACCGUCACCUACGUUGAGGAACACAAAUUGGACCGUAAGCGCCGAAUGCUGUUGUGGGGCCAAGAGGUGGACGCCAUCUUAUAUUGGAGACCACCGCAGGCCAACGUCUGCAUGUCGUUAUCAAUAAUCAACUACGGCGGUCAUUUGAGACUGGCGGUGAUGGCUGACGCGAAUAUGACUCCUCCAUGUAAAGAGAUUGUGUCCAAGUACGAAGGAAAUAUCCCAGAGUUUAUUACCGCCGCUGAGAAUUAUGCGAAAAUUGUCAAUACUUCAGAUUAG